GGCCAAGCCUCGCUCUGGAAGAGCGGAGAGGGAACUGUGCGAUGCUGCUUUCCCCGGUGACACAGCUGCGUCUGCUGCCGCUGCCCAUCGUCACUGGCAUGGGAGGGGGACGGUGACACUUCCGCUUACACCGCUAAAUGGAGGUAUUCCGGCUAUAUAGGGUGAAAUGAGCUGAGAGGCUGCAGGUAAUGAUGUAUCAAGGCUUAUUGCCUCUGCCAUCCCAGACGGCUGCAAACAGGAUACAACAGAGAUUUGCUGAUGAGAGAUUUUUUGGUUCCAACUAUACACAAGACUUGGAGAGACUCCAUGCGUCUGUCUUCUCAAUUACUGUUUUUAAACUUGGUGUGAAGAAUUCUCUUCACUGUGCAUGGACAGAAAACCAAUGCGUAGGUGUCUCAGCACUCGCCCAGGUGAGACUGGAAUGGAUGUGACGAGCCGUUGCACCCUGGGAGAUCCCAACAAGUUACCGGAGGGGGUCCCACAACCGGCCCGCAUGCCUUAUGUCUCCGAUAAACAUCCACGGCAGACCCUGGAGGUCAUCAACCUCUUGCGGAAGCAUAGAGAGCUCUGUGAUGUGGUGCUUGUGGUUGGUGCCAAGAAGAUCUAUGCCCAUCGGGUUAUCCUCUCCGCUUGCAGCCCGUACUUUCGGGCAAUGUUUACGGGAGAGCUAGCUGAAAGUCGACAGACAGAGGUAGUGAUCCGGGACAUUGAUGAGCGAGCCAUGGAAUUGCUUAUUGACUUCUCAUACACUUCACAAAUAACGGUUGAAGAGGGCAAUGUGCAAACACUGCUGCCAGCUGCCUGUCUUCUUCAGCUUGCCGAAAUCCAGGAGGCCUGCUGUGAAUUCCUGAAAAGGCAACUUGACCCAUCCAACUGUCUAGGGAUCCGAGCCUUUGCUGACACUCACUCAUGCAGAGAGUUGCUAAGGAUUGCAGAUAAAUUUACCCAGCAUAAUUUCCAAGAGGUUAUGGAAAGUGAGGAGUUCAUGCUUCUCCCUGCCAAUCAGCUGAUCGAUAUCAUCUCCAGCGAUGAGCUAAAUGUGCGCAGUGAGGAGCAGGUGUUCAAUGCAGUCAUGGCCUGGGUAAAAUACAGCAUUCAGGAAAGGAGGCCGCAGUUACCACAGGUCCUUCAACAUGUCCGACUACCACUGCUAAGUCCUAAGUUUUUGGUGGGAACUGUGGGAUCUGAUCCGUUAAUAAAAAGUGAUGAAGAAUGCAGGGACUUGGUGGAUGAAGCCAAGAACUAUCUUCUGCUUCCUCAGGAGCGUCCUCUAAUGCAAGGGCCAAGGACAAGGCCUCGAAAACCCAUCCGCUGUGGAGAAGUACUGUUUGCAGUGGGAGGUUGGUGUAGUGGAGAUGCAAUUUCUAGUGUUGAACGUUAUGAUCCUCAGACCAAUGAGUGGAGAAUGGUGGCUUCCAUGAGCAAAAGGCGCUGUGGGGUUGGAGUCAGUGUUCUAGAUGACCUCCUCUAUGCUGUCGGUGGCCAUGAUGGCUCUUCAUACCUCAACAGUGUAGAACGAUAUGACCCAAAGACAAACCAAUGGAGCAGUGAUGUGGCUCCAACCAGCACUUGCAGGACAAGUGUUGGUGUUGCAGUUCUUGGGGGAUAUCUCUAUGCUGUGGGUGGACAGGACGGUGUUUCCUGCCUCAACAUUGUGGAAAGGUAUGACCCAAAGGAGAAUAAGUGGACGCGCGUUGCCUCUAUGAGCACACGGAGGCUAGGAGUGGCUGUUGCAGUUCUAGGUGGUUUCCUGUAUGCUGUUGGGGGAUCAGAUGGCACGUCUCCUCUCAAUACUGUGGAGCGGUACAAUCCUCAGGAAAACCGCUGGCACACAAUAGCGCCAAUGGGCACACGACGAAAGCACCUAGGCUGUGCUGUGUACCAGGACAUGAUCUAUGCUGUGGGUGGAAGAGACGACACAACAGAACUGAGCAGCGCUGAACGGUACAAUCCCAGAACCAAUCAGUGGUCUCCAGUGGUUGCCAUGACCUCCCGCCGGAGUGGGGUUGGCCUGGCUGUGGUGAACGGACAGUUGAUGGCUGUAGGAGGAUUUGAUGGAACAACGUACUUGAAAACAAUAGAGGUGUUUGACCCAGAUGCUAAUACGUGGAGGUUGUACGGAGGCAUGAACUACCGGCGGCUGGGAGGAGGUGUUGGAGUUAUCAAAAUGACACACUGUGAAUCUCACAUCUGGUAGGAAAAGAAAUCUGUCAAAGCCUCAGUUCAUGGACUCUGCUAGAGAUUGGCUUCCGGAGAAGAAGAUAAGAAGACCUUGUGGUCCGUUGCUCAGUGAGCCACCUAGUGUCAUUAGUAGAAAUUUAUAUUUCUUACUAAUGUUUUUUUUGUUUUGUUAUUUAUGUCCCAGAAAAAUUGCAAGUCUUCUGUUUUAUUGAAAGAGUGCAAAUCUAAUUUGGUUCUCCUGUCAGUAUGACUUCCCCAGAACCUGAUCACUAUGAAGGUGAUGAAUGUUUUCUGAUCGUUUAUCUGGAUCUGAAUGUGGUGGUAGUGAUCCACAAACCUGGUUCAUAUGCUACUGAUCAGGGGAUCUUGUUUCAGUAUAUGGGCUUUGGCAUAUCCAAGGCUGUUCCAUAAUCAAGCAGUUAUGAGGUUCUUUACAGCUUAUGGUUCAAGCAAAAAAAAAAAAAAAACGAAACAAAGUUUGUUGCUAUAACAACAGGGAUGUGACUAGGUUUGCAUAGCGAUCUCCGAUUAAGUGUUCCUAAUAGAACCUUGUUUGCGUUAUAUCAGCUGUCCCCAAACAUAGUAAGAUGCUGCAGUACAUGCUUUGUACAGCCACGUGCACUAGUUUCUCUCCCUAUUUCCUUGUGCCUCUAAAACCUGUUGCACUGAUUGCUAGCUUAUAUACUGGUCCAGCCCACGACUAGGCUACUCUUCAGUAGUGUUGCCUUUUUAAAGAUGUAGCAAAAAUUGUACAGUUUGUGUUGUAAGUAACAAAUGUUGCUGUAGAUGAAACAUCAGUUUGUAUGUUGAAAGACCACAUUCUUCAGACAUUAGAACACAGUAUUAUGUGCAUCAAAACACGUAAAUAUCUGCACACCUGCAACGCAAUAAACCUACUUCCACAUGCUCUUUGCCACAUAAUAUUAAAGUGUAGUGAAUUCUAAGGUGCUAACAUUAAAUAUAUAUGUAUCUUAUUUAAGACAAAAAAAAACUCUUUUAUAAGGUAUUUUUAGGUCUAUAAAAUUUUGCAACGUAUUUCUUUGGCUAAUAAGACCCGAUGACAAAUUAACAAAGCAAUGAGUUUAGGUUCAUCUAGUCUAGAGAAUUAGAAUUAUUUUUGGGGUGCUGUAGCUAAAUUCAAGGAGUCUUGGCUAGAGGACACACAUCGGGUAGUGUGGGUACUUAAUAUGGGAUACGGUCAUUAGGUCGACCACUAUUGGUCGACAUGCAUUAGGUCGACCGUCACUAGGUCGACAUGGUCAUUAGGUUGACGUACUAGGUCGACAGUUCAAAAGGGUGACAUGAGUUUUUUUUUUUU